AUGAUGUAUCAAUGCUGUUUAAUUGCACUAAUGAUAGCACACUGCGUAUCUUUGCCGGGCCAAGCACUGCAUCGAGAUUUUCCACUCAAGUACACAUCGUACGUCAACGCCGAUGACACUCAAAAUAAUAGCCUGAUUGAACAGCUCACUAGCACAACGGAAGGCGAGCAGAACAAUUUUUUAAUCAACCAUUCUGGUAUUCAACCACUAAUCGAGCAGUAUAUCUACGAUGAUAAAGAGCAGCUAGAUGACGAAGAAGAUGAUGUUGAUAACGAUCCAUUGGUGACAUCCAGCGCGGAUGAUAUUAGAACCAAGGAGAAUAACGAGAAAAACGUUGCUAUGCAUCAUAGUUCUGUGCGAAUAUCGACUCUUCCGGACAAUGCUAUUCUGGCUUCCGUGACCGUCCAUGAAAGCGUUCUAACGGGGCUAAGUGACUUUGAAGCUAUUAAAAAUUCAUUUGAGUCCGAUAGUUCUGUGUUUUUCUCGGAAAAUCAGUUUCAAAUACCAAAAGAUCAACAACCAGGUAAAAUUUCCCAACCUUUGGAGUCGAUUUUGACGCUGACUGCUGACACUGCUGGUACUUCGUUAUCCACAGAGGAUUUUUCAGGCCUUACAGUUUCUACAGCAGCAAUAGCCGCAGAUGUGUCGCUUGAGGUAACCAACUCUAACCAAUCUUUAUCAACUCAAAGCAACGUACAACAGCCAACGUCCAACUCAAAAUUGGCUAAAAUCGUACAUAAAAUGGACAACAUCACCAGGCCCACCUUGUUGGAUACGAUUCAUUCGUACAAAGAGUCAAUCAACCCGAUACCGAUGCUAACUCAGACACAACAAACUACAUCUAGUAGCAAUGAACUUUUGGAAAGUUCGAGCUCCCUCUUAAGCGAAUCUCGUGAUUCAGCUACAAUAGCAAGCUUACAACGCCAUCGAACAAUCAAUUCGAUGAAUCUAAAUCCCACAACUCCGGCAAUGGUUGUGAAGCCAAUCGGAGAACAUCGCAAGUUACUUAAAAGCACGGGACCCAUUUUGAACUACGUUUUUGAUCACCAUCCUCCAUACUACAAAUCUCACUAUUACAACACGCGAUACGGACCACACUUUGAAACAGAUAAUGUUACGAACAUUACGGUACAGAACGCUGACACCCUCUACUUAAGCUGUAGAAUAAGUUUAUUGCAGGAUAAAACGGUGUCAUGGGUUCGACGAAAAAGUGGUGAUACUGCCUUACAACUACUCACUGUUGGAAAACAGACCUAUUCUGGUGAUCCUAGAUAUCAAAUCGAAUUCCAGUAUCCCAACAAUUGGCGUCUAAGGAUAUCGCACGCUAACAAAAACGAUGAAGGAAUUUAUGAAUGUCAGAUAUCGACGCAUCCCCCUAAAGUUAUUAUUUACAACCUGCACGUUAAUGCACCAGAAGUAGCCAUCGUGGAUGAUGAAGGAGGACCACUAUACGAUAAGUACUACGAAGUUGGCUCAACGAUAAAGCUGAUGUGCAAAAUCCGACACAUUUCGAUGUUACGGUCAGUCGUUUAUUGGAUACACAACGACAACAUCCUCAACCACGAUACAACACGUGGUGGUAUCAGUGUUAAAACUAAUCUAACCAACGUAGGAGCCAAUUCAACACUCUUUGUGGCAAAAGUAAAUCGACAAGAUUCUGGCAGUUAUACAUGCUCCAUUGGACCAAAUCAACACUACUCCAUCGCCGUGCAUGUGCUCAAUGGUACCGCCAAUCCGUACGGAAUUUAUCAGCGAUCGUGUGCCUUCUCCAUCAUAAUGCAAGCUAUGGAUCUGUGGUUUGUCGUUAGGAGCCUUCUGUUCUUGUUUCUUAAACUAUGUAUGGUAAGAUAG